AAUUUUCUUUCAUACAUUCACACAAUGACAAAUUGAUUCAUGAUUCAACCAGCUGUGAGAUUUCUAAAAAUUGCGUCUUAUUUGUAAUAUAUUAAAAUUGUCCCUAAACCUUUGUUUACCAUCGCUGUUGAUUGUAAUUUUCAAUAGUUAGAAAAAACUGCGGAGAAGAUGGCAUACGCCUACUUGUUCAAAUACAUCAUCAUCGGCGACACAGGUGUAGGCAAGUCCUGCUUACUGCUCCAGUUCACGGACAAAAGAUUCCAGCCUGUCCAUGAUCUCACUAUUGGAGUAGAGUUCGGCGCUCGCAUGAUCACCAUUGAUGGCAAGCAGAUCAAACUCCAGAUAUGGGAUACUGCUGGACAGGAAGCUUUCAGAUCAAUCACGCGGUCGUACUACAGGGGCGCGGCGGGCGCCCUGCUAGUGUACGACAUCACCAGACGGGACACAUUCAAUCAUCUCACCACCUGGCUGGAGGACGCGCGUCAGCAUUCCAACUCCAACAUGGUCAUCAUGUUGAUUGGUAAUAAGAGUGACUUGGAAUCUCGACGUGAAGUAAAGAAGGAGGAAGGUGAGGCCUUCGCCCGUGAGCACGGCCUGGUCUUCAUGGAGACCUCAGCCAAAACUGCUGCCAACGUCGAGGAAGCCUUUAUCAACACUGCCAAAGAGAUCUACGAGAAAAUACAGGAAGGAGUAUUCGAUAUCAACAAUGAGGCGAACGGCAUCAAGAUCGGUCCCCAGCACUCGACGGCGGGCGGCGCGAGCGGCGCGGGGGGCGCGGGCGCGGGCGGCGCGGCGGGCGGCGGCUGUUGUUAGGUACUGCACUGCACACACUGAGGAGGGGUCGCUGCCCUUUACACCGGGCUGAUGAGGAGGAGGUGCAGCUGUGUGCAACGAACAUUGGUACGAAACUUAUUGCAUGCCGGAUUCAUAGAAUUAUUUUAUAUAUGCUACAGAAUAGCUUGCGUCUGACUCACGUUAUUAUAUGAUAUGCCACUAAGGCACCCUCUAUACUUAGUAGAAAUAUUCAAUUACAUUAAAUUAAUGCCAUCAUUGUUAAGACAAAAUCAGAUCCUUCAUGUAUAUGAACAACAUUGCAGACAGAUCAAAUUCUAGCAUUCGAAUCAUUUCCCAUUCCUUUAGCGAUAACUGUUAGGUCCUCUAGACUUGGUGGCAAUUUAAAAUUAAUCUAAUAGGCAUCUAUAAUACCGUAAACAUAAGAUUAUUUCGAACGAGUACAGAUUGCAGAUAAAGGUUACGCUGAAUGGACCAGAUGUGAGAAAUUAAGUCGUUUGUAAUACAUAAUAAUUAAAUAGAUCCUUCAUACGAAUAAUUAAGCUUCUAUGUAAUUUUGUGUGUAUGUAACUCUGUGUAUAUUUUAAUUGCAAAUGUCAUAAAAGUUUCACAAAUAUCUCGUAAUCUGGCAUUUAUUUCAAACAUCGUGUUAUAUGUUGUAUUAUCUUCAUAGUCUCAUGAUCGUCGUGUUGGCCGAAUGUGGUAGUUAGAUGGGGCAUCUAUGUAUAAUGCUGCCUCUUUGCAAUCACCUAUAUUGGCAAUUUUUCUAAGAUUUUUAAUGAAAUGGACGAGUAUGAGUUACUCAGUGGAUGGAAUUCUGCAACAAUAUAGGCUAUUGUUUGGGGAGUGUGAAAAUUAAGUCUCAUCCUAGUGAGGAUACGACUGAAUGUUAGCUGCAGGCGUCGAAACAUUUACUUGUAAUAUAUCUUGUAGCGUCAGCUACAUUGUUUAACAGGUACAUACGUUAUAUAUUUAGGUUUACAUAUUAUAUUGGAAUAUUAGUGAAAUGGAAAAUAUUUUAUUAUUUAUGUCAACAUUAUUAUUUAUGAGGAUUCAUCUGUACAAAUUGGAAAAAUUUAAUCCUGAUAAGUGAAUCGAGGUGUAAACAUUGUAUAGUUUUAAAAUUCAUCUAAUUGUGAUUUAUUUCUGGUACCUUCUAUACCUUGCAUCGAAGAGUGGAGACCAAUUUGUCAACUGUUUAGAUCAAAAUACCAAGUAUGCUUUUAGGUGGUGGCCUAGUAUAAAUAGUUAUGCACAAGAUACCAAUUUUGGAAUGGUUUUGAAGUGUUGAAAUUGUAAUUCUUAUUAAAAGGACUGCUUGCAAGGUACUGAAAGACAUGAUUACAAAAUAGGUUAUUUUUAAGUUUAGCACAUUGUAAUGAUAUAAUAUUUUGUAAGGUUACAAUAUGCAGACACAUUUGUAAGGUGUAAUUCAUGAGAGUAAAUGUUGAAAAACAAUA